AUGUUCAAAAUCGAGGUUGAGUUAUUGAUACAAGAGAAUGACCAACUCCAGAGGAAACUCCACAGCCAAGAAGAAGAGUUCCGACUCCAGAACCAGACUCUCAUGCAGGAACUCUCCAGGGUUGUAGAUGCCAAUGAGACUUAUGAGAAAGAAAUAACAGCUUUGAAAGAGAACCGACCCCUAAAGGAUUCUGGGAAUCAGAAUGACCUCGCUGAACUGGAGAGCCAGGUCAGAAGGUUACAGGCCGAAAAUUCCGCUCUGCAGAAAAAAUGUACAGUGGAUUCGGAAAACUUAAAAGGCAGUGAUGAGGGAACUGAGACAACAGAAGACGUGCCUGAUAUUAACGAACUAAGUCUGAGUCUGGCGACAGAAAAAGAAGAAAAUAAACUUCUUCAGGAACAGUUAUCAGCCAUAGAGAAAUCAUCAAAAGAAAAAAUCCAAAAUCUACAGGAAGAGGUGGAGAAAAGUGCAGACAAACUAAAGAAGAAACAGGAAAGUUACUUACAGUUACAUGCAGAAAAAGAAAGUGUGUUUACCGAGUUGAGUAAAAAGUUAGAGGACGUUCAGGGUGGUCGUGACAGGGACCAGAAAUAUUACACAGACCAGAUCAGUAAAUUACAGCAGGAGUUAGAGAAGGGCAAGAAGUCUUACCAAGAGCUAGAAGACCAAGCCAGUAAACAGAAAACUCAGUCAGAACAAACCAUAAACUCACUACAACAACAGGUCAGUGCUGCUAACAUUGUUGAAAACCAACAUGUGAAGGAACAGACAGAGAAAUUACACCAACAGAUAUCACAACUCAAACAACAACUGCUGGGACUGACACAGGCCCAGGAUGAUCUCAAAGUACAGCUACAGGCUAGUAAAGCGGCCCAACAAGAAGCCUCUGACCAGCUGUUGUCUGUGCAGAAGGAGAGAGACAAAAGCAUUGAAGACUGGCAGGAGAUCAAUAAAGUGGCAGAGAAGCGUAAGACAAUGUUGGAUGAGCUGGCCAACACGUAUCAGAGAGAUAACGCGGGUUACCAGGAGAAGUUACGGGUCUUACAGGAGGAGAAUGAAGCUCAUAUACAGGCACUCAGAGAGGCAGCAGAAGGCGAAAAGAGCCGAGGGUCAGAGUUAGAGAAAAUUAAGAGGGAACUAGAAGAGGUGAAGAAAGAGAAGCAAUCCUUGGAGGAGGCCAAGUCAUGGUUAGAAAGACGCCUUAAGGAGACAGAGGAGACGUUACAAAACCAUAUCUCAGAAAAUGAGAAACAAGUGGAACAACUGAAGCAUGACCAAGAGGAAGUGCUGGAAUCACUCAACUCUGAGCAUGCUCAGAAAGUCCAGGAAAUGACUACUGAACAUAAAGCCAAAAUACAAGAAUGCUGUGAUAAAGAAGAAUCUCUGAGACAGGAACUGUCAGCCAGUCAAGGGGAAAUCUCAAAGUUAAAACAGGAGAUUAAAGAUGGUACUGAAGAUAAGAGAUUACAUGAAAAGAAAGGACAGACAAUGUUGAAAGAUCUGAAGCGCCAGUUGGUUUCUGAGAGAAAAAGAGCGGAGAAAUUACAGGACCGACUACAGGAAGUGUUGUCAGAAAACAAAAUGAACAAAAGUGUAGAAGAAUUAUUAGCCUCUAAUGAUGGCAAUGAGUCACUAGACAGAAGUUCCCUGUCCUCCUGGAGUGCUGGUAACAGUCUUGUCAGGGACUCCAGUAUCCUGAGUUCUCCACAAAGUCCAGACAAGUCGUUCGGUGCUGAUACGUCAGAGAUUGACCAGGAACACAGUGAGCUGCUGGCCAGGCUUACAGACGUACAACAGGAAAAAUGGAACCUGGAGGAAAAGGUGCGGCAUCUAGAGACAAGUAACGCAGCAAUGGCUGAGGACCUCAUCCAGAAAAGUCAGAUCAUACAACAUUACGUCAUGGAGCAAAGGAGAGAAACCAGGCAGCCCGUGCAGGAAGACAAGUUAACUCUUAAGAAAGUAAUAGAUCUAGUGAACAAACAUGAAGAUCAGAAUCUGAAGGAGAUGAACCGCAAACUUCAAAAUAUGCUCGAGGAGACUCUUACCAAAAACAUGCAUUUACAAGAGAAUUUGGAGAUGAUGUCACAAGAAAUAGUGCGUCUGAGUAAAACACAGUCGAACAAUGUUUCAACCGACCAAUCAGGUGCUAGUGCAACAGGGUCAUGACCCUAGAGUCAUGAGGUGCAAUAGAACAUUAUGUAUGAUUGAAUGAUCUUGUACAUGUAUGAUGUGAGUUAAAGGCUUGGAAAUAUAAGUGCUACUGUUAAAAAGUUAAAGAAAUGUGUUGUGCAUGUUAUAAAAUUUUUAAAAAUGUAAUACAGUGUUUUUAAACUGUUUGAUAUUUAUAUUUUAGUUGUGGGUUGCAGUUUAGAAUA